GAGAGAGUGAAGAGUAAUGGCUCCCAAAACUUGUUUCCUCUUCUUCUUAGCUUUAGUAUCCUUUUCAGCAGUACUGGCUUUUGCGGAAGAAGAUGAUCCUGGCCUUGUUAUGAACUUCUACAAGGAGACAUGCCCUCAGGCUGAAGACAUCAUCAAAGAACAAGUGAAGCUUCUCUACAAGCGCCACAAGAACACUGCAUUCUCCUGGCUCAGGAACAUUUUCCAUGACUGUGCUGUUCAGAGGUGUGAUGCAUCGCUGCUUUUGGACUCCACAAGAAGAACCUUGUCUGAGAAGGAGACUGACCGAAGCUUCGGGCUGAGGAACUUCAGGUACAUUGAGACCAUCAAGGAAGCUGUGGAGAGAGAGUGCCCUGGAGUUGUUUCCUGUGCUGAUAUCCUUGUCCUUUCUGCCAGAGAUGGCAUUGUUUCUCUAGGAGGUCCUUACAUCCCUCUAAAAACAGGAAGAAGGGAUGGUAGAAGGAGCAGAGCUGAGGUCGUUGAACAGUACCUUCCAGACCACAAUGAAUCCAUUUCUUCCGUUCUCGACAAGUUUGGCGCCAUGGGAAUCGACACUCCCGGCGUAGUUGCAUUACUUGGAGCACACAGCGUUGGGCGAACCCACUGCGUGAAGUUGGUGCACCGUUUGUACCCGGAGGUAGACUCAGCGCUGAACCCAGAGCAUGUGCCGCACAUGCUGAAGAAGUGCCCGGACUCCAUUCCGGACCCAAAGGCCGUACAGUAUGUGAGAAAUGACCGUGGUACCCCCAUGGUUCUGGACAACAACUACUACAGGAACAUCUUGGACAACAAGGGGCUCUUGCUGGUGGAUCACCAAUUGGCCCAUGACAAAAGGACUAAGCCUUUUGUGAAGAAAAUGGCUAAGAGUCAGGACUAUUUCUUCAAGGAAUUCUCCAGAGCCAUUACCAUUCUGUCUGAGAACAACCCUCUCACUGGCUCUAAAGGUGAGAUUAGAAAGCAGUGCAAUCUUGCCAACAAGAUCCGUACCACCGACGACGAGCCUUAGCUUUCUUAAGCCUAAUUCUGCGAAAAUAAUAAGCUGCUGUUGCUGCUGUGUCUCAAGAUCUCUGCACAAAUUAGAUGCUUUUCUUUUUUCUUUCUUUAUUCAAUAAGGAUAGUGGGUAAUAGCUAUGUUGAUGCUUAUGAAUGAUGAUGAUGAUGAUAAUGUACGCAUGUGAUGUGGGGCCUGUCGUGUAUGUGUAUGUGUAUGUAUGUGAUGAUGCAUGGCAUGGCAUGGGUGCGUGGCAGUCACAGUUCAAUGUAUGUGCUAUCAGUUCUCGCUCCCAUUCAUGCUUAUUCAUUAUUGUAGUAUACAAGCGUAGCUUCCAUUGUUA